UUCCCAUCCGAUCUUCCAGUGAUGGUUCCAUUAACCGAGAACCUUAAGGAUUCUCUCCCGUCAAGGAGGUACCUGGUCAAGGUUCCUCGAGAUCCAAAACCAGGGGUGCCCAAUUCUCACUCUUCCAUUCACACAUCCGGUCAAGGUUCAAAAGACCCUUCACCCUGAGGGCGGAGGAACUUCCACAGUCGCAAGGCUCAUGGCAAUAUAAAACCGGUUCUUCCUCCCAAUUCGCAACUCUCAUCCUCCUCAUCUCACCACCGUCCCGAAGAACAAUUUUCGGUACAUCACUCUGUAUCAAAGGAAUUGUUCCACUUACCAACCAUCUACACUGCAACCGUCGACUUGUAGACAAAAUGUCGUCUUCCGCCACACCUAACAACAUCCAAAACGGUCUCGCCCAUGACGAGCAACCUGUCCACAAUGUCGAUUCAAUGCCGAGGACCACAACUUUGGACCCGAACACACCGAGCACGGUACCAUCGACCCAGAUCCGUGCCGCACUCUCCUCCAGUCCGCCAGUUACGCCCGAGUCCGACUCUAACCCUAACCCGUCGGAGCAGUUAGAUUUCGAAAAUGACCGUGCCCGGAGAAGUUGGCAGGCUGCGAUCAGAGAUGAGCAGGAGUACCACGGCUGGCAGCACCAUGUGUUGAUACGACGAAUGACACGAGAGGAGGGGCUGGCUCGAAUAGAGCGUAAUGAGCGGCUAAUACGAGAGCUGCUGGCUGGGCAGCAGGAGGCGUACGAACGAUCUGUCAAGGCUCCGACUGCAGCACCCGCGUCGACCCCGGCCCGGGCUCCGGUUGCUUCUGUCCCUAGAGGUACAAACACCAUCUCCCUUGGGAAGAGGAAGCGGGAUACCGACGACAAGAAGGAAGAGGAUGCCGAAGUGGAGGAUCAGAGAUCUGGGACAACAACCAGGACUUCACCGAUGAGAGAGAAUACCGUGCCUGAAUUAUGGGCCGGACGACUGCGUCCACGGACUGUCAAGAAAGAAGAGGCGAAGCGUGGGAAUGGAGGACAGGAUCAAAGCAAGAGUGGGGGCCGUCCGAAGAAGAAGAAGGACAAGAAGUAGGACAGUUGAAGUUGGGCUGGAGAGGCUUGGCUAAGGUAGAGGUACCUAGUAGCAUUUGAGCUGGGAGAUUUACUCGAUGUGUUGGGUUAUGAUAUCGGGAUUCAGGGAAUGUAUGAUACAUCGAGAUGU